GUUCCGGUGUAAAAUUAAGCUAAUUGCGGAUAACAUAGAUAAUUAGUGAAGCCAUUAUGGCUGAACAACCUGUUAAGCGGCCUAAAGUGGCUUGGAGCGAUGACCUUAGCCAUGAUUCGGCUGAAGAAAGAGAGAGAGAGCGUCUGGCAGAACUAGCUAGACUAGCAGCUUUAGCCCCAAAGAAACCUGUGUAUGAAGAGGAAGAAUUCCAAAAACUCGUGACUUACAUUAUGAAAAUAACCACCCUCUACGACUUGAGGCAGGAAGACUGGAAAGAAGAUGCUAUACAGGGCAUAGAAGAUUGGCUACUAGAGCCUAGAGAUUUAAUUUUAUGCAUUUAUUUUAAAGGAACACAACUAAAGGCUACCAGUGAAGUUCCACUUACUCCAGUUUAUGAUUUGAUGUAUUUUAUAAGGCCACCAGAUUUUGUAUUCAAGGCAGAAACGUUUCAUGAAGAUAUAACAUUUGGAACAUUUGUAGAUUCUGUAGAAGCUAACUUGAUACAAGUUCUAGAAAUGGUUUAUGCGCCUUAUUUUUUCGCUAUUACAACAUGGCCAGAUAGUGUAAAAAGUGAAUUUUGUACCCAACUUCAUACAUUCUUAGCGAAACUAACGGACAUGUACUACAAAAUGCUGGGUCUUACUGUACUAUACAUACCUCGAGAAGGUCAACAAAUUUCUUAUGAGAUGGCGAGCAACGACCGGGAGUUAGUGAAGAGGCUCGAAGGCGUUGUGGUAUACUGGACCCAUCAGAUGAAGUCUUGUAUUGAAGACCAAUCUUCCGUUUCAUCGCAGAAAGAGCUCUUGUGCCCUAGCGAUGAAUUGGACUUUUGGAUAUAUAGACAUGAGAAUUUAAACGCUCUGCUACACCAACUGAAGAAUCCUGCCGUCAGACAUAUCACGAAAAUCCUUGUGACCACUCACUCCACAUUUAUCCAUCAAUUUCAAUCUUUGUGCGAGGAGAUUGUACAAAAAAUCCAAGAAGCAACUUCUAAUAUUGAAUACUUACAAGUCAUCAAACAACCUUGUGCUAUUUUGGAGUGUGUAAUCGACCCUGACGAAAUCCCAAACCAUGUUUCAAAGAUAAUGAAUCUAUUCAGAUUUAUAUGGCUGGAAUCUCCAUACUAUAACUCUGAAGCAAGAAUAACCAAUUUGUUCAAAGCGUUGAGCAACCAAAUAAUAAUCCUAUGCAAGACGUACAUAAAACUUGAAGAUCUUUUCGAAGAUGGCUUGACAAAGAAGGCGUUGGGUGAAUUUACCAAAUGUAUAGAUUGCUGUAAGAAAUACAGGGAGAUUUAUGACAUCAUUGCUGAGGCUCAUAAUGAUAUACAACCAGGCAGUUGGGAUUUGGAUACGGGAUCCAUUUUCAAUUACAUUGACUCAUAUGUACAAAGAUGUUUCGAUAUGUUGGAUGUAUGCAACUGUAUGAUCAUAUUUGGGAGGAUAGACGAAAUGGAAGUAGUUAACAAACCAAUGUUUGCUGGUUCUCAUGGCGACGCGUUUGAAGAGAAAUGCGACCAAAUAGAGCACAUGUUCUUCGACGCUCUGGACAAUAUCAGGAGAGUAUCUCAUACCAUACUCGAUGUACAGGCACCGUCCUGGUACGACGAUAUAUUGCACUUCAGGACUGUUAUCAAAGAUGUAGAAAUAAUAAUAGAAAACCUUGUAGAAACAGUGUUUGAAGACGUGAACCACGUAGAAGAAGCCGUGGUGGCUUUGUUUUCUUUGCAUAACUAUUCCAAGCGUAAGAAUUUGAAACGAGUCUUCAAGCGAAAAACAGCCGAAGUGAGUUUUUUUGUGUGGGCAAUGUUUAGCGAUGAAAUCCAAGAAACGAAGAAAGACAUGGUGGCUAACAGAAGUCAAUAUCCAGCUGACCUGCCAUCCUUUGCUGGUAGAGGAGUUGUAAUGAGAAUGAGGAAGAACAGACUCAUUUAUUUAAAAAAGAUAAUGACCGAGGCAUCAGUGUGGUUAAUGCCUUGCAGCAAUUCCGAAGACGUGAUUAUGCACUGCAACAGGCUCACGGGCGCCAUUGAUGUUGGGGUCAGAGAGCUGUUCAUCUCUUGGACGCACAAUUUCGACGAGAAAUGCGGCGCAGGACUAAACAGAACUCUAAUGAGGAAAAGCGUAGCGAAUCCAGGUCUAAUGGAAUGCAACAUUGAUGUGUAAGUGUGUAAUUUAUUAGUAUUUGCAAAAGCUAAGAACAUAUACUACGUUUACGAGAGCGUACUGGCAGUUGUCAAAGGUUACAACAAGAUUUUGGACUCACUUUCUGAAGAGGAAAGACUUCUGUUCAAACCGUUAAUUACCGCGUGCGAGAAAAAGGUGCAGCCAGGCAUAUUCAAGUUAACAUAUACAUCCAAUUUAUCAGAUGCCUACAUUGCUGACUGUGUUGUACAAAUUGGAGAGUUACAAGAUUUUUUAACAACAUAUAAAACCUGCAACGUCAACUUGGUAAAAAUAAUGGAGAAAAUUUGUGACACUCCCCUAGCAGAGUUUGAUAUUUACAACGUUUUCGAUAUAAAAGCUUUUAGACACACUGUGAGGACGAUGCAAGGUUCAGCGUCUAAUAAAAUAUUGGAAAUGUACAAAGAAAUCAUUACAUAUUUAGUGAUCGUGUACGAAGGAUUUGAGGCACAUAUUCAAAUGAUGGCCGAGCAUUGGAUAAAAUAUGUACGCAGAUAUGAUGCUUUGUUGGAAGACGCAUUACGCUUAUCCAUUAAGUCAACUAUGCAGAAUAUGUAUAAACUAGUACACGGUGACGGUACUAUGGCACCAGCACCUCUUAUAAAGAUGAAUUUGAUACUGUCCGGCAAAAAUAUAAUUUAUAUUCCGCCCGAAAGUGAACUGCGUGAUACAUUUGAUACUAUACUGGAUGAAAUAGUCCAUAUUAUGAGUACGAUACCAAGAAUUUAUGAAAAGUUCACUCUACCCGCCGGAGGUUUGAAAAAAUUUUGGGAAGUUAUUUCGAAUGACCCUGACUGCAACAAGUUACAAUCAUUAAUUAACGAAGAGAUUGAAUACAAUUUGGAUCUCAUUGUAAGUCACAUUUCUAUGUGGGAUCCAUAUGCCCAUAUUUGGAAAGUGGAUAAAGAAGAAUUUCUGGUUCAUUACCGCGAAGAAGGCCAUAUUGCUAACGAUUUUGAUAAAUUAAUUGUAAGCUACAGCGAGCUUGCAAACACUGUUCAAAUACAAGAAACCACGAAUCAGAUACAUUUCGUGACUCUGAAUUCAAGUGAAUUAAAGAAGUCUGUUAUACAACAUUGUCUGUUAUGGCAAAUAAAACUCGGUGAACUGCUUAGAACUAUGGCAGAAUUCGAUAUUGAUGCUAUUUAUUCCUACGUCGAAAAAAGUAGUGAAGAAGCUAUGAGGAUGCCAGCAACUCUGAGUGAAUUAGCAUCUGCUAUAUCGACAUACGAGCGGUUGUUAGCUGAAGUACCAACAACAGAGAAAAAGUUUCCGCCGAUUGGGGAUCAAAUGAUAGUCCUAAAUAAAUUUGACGUCGACCUAAGUCCCGAAAUGGUCACCCGUCAUGAAGAAAUACCCAAUAUAUGGGCUGAGUACUUAGUUCUUUUAGAAGAAGCUAAGAAAGCAUUAGAAUUAAACAAAGAUAAAUUCAAGACCGAACUCUUGGAACAAGCCGAGCAAUUUAAAGAAACUGCCAAAGAGUUUUGUGACGACUUUUACAAAAGUUGUCCAACGGCUUCGGAAGUCAGCGCUAAAGAUGCUUUGUCCCAAUUGAAGGCUUUCCGAGAUCAAUUGAACGCCUUGCGCGCUCAAGAACAAGCUAUCAGAGAUGGGCUUGCUGUGUUUAAUUUGACGACGCCAGUGAACUUGGAUCUACAAAAAAUGGAAAAGGAACUUGAAAAAUUAGAGGAAGUUUGGGGAUUAGUUGGACAAUGGGAAGAUUCGUGGGAUAAAUACAAGUCUUUAACAUUUUGGGAACUGGAAACCGAUGAAAUGGAAGAAAAUGUUAUGUUUCUCUUUAGAAAUUUCAAUCGUCUUUCACGACAGUUGAAAGAGAAAGGUUGGGACAUUAUUGACACCACUCGAGUGAAAGUUGAUAAUUUCCGCCGCACAUUACCUUUAAUUAAUGAUCUGAAGAAUCCUUGUAUGAGAGAAAGACACUGGGAUAGAAUUAAAAGCCUGGUUGGAGUUGACUUUGACCAAAACUCCGAAGAUUUUAAACUAGAGCUGAUCAUGCGCCUGAACUUCCAAGCUUAUGCCGACGAUAUAGCAGAGAUUUCUAAUGCUGCCACGAUGGAAUUAGCUAUAGAGAACGGGCUGAAAGCAAUCAGAGAAGUGUGGACCGCCACCACAUUUGAAAUGACACAUCACAAAGGUGACAUGUAUAAAAUUAAGACAGUUGAAGAAGUUACUCAGGCACUUGCAAUACUUCUGAUGUAUCACCCCAAAGCUCAAGCGCAAGGACUGUUAAAUGAUUAUCUCCACAUGGUCCUGUGUUGCCGGUCUGAUGAAGAUAAGAAAGCUGUCCUCAAAAAUGCCAUGGGUCUCCCUGUAGCGAAGGCAAUGAUGUCUGAGGAUGGAGAGUGUAUUGAAUGGAGAUACAAUCUCAUUCUCGACGGCCCGGCCGAACACUGGCUACUCGGUUUGGAGCAUACCAUGAGAAUCGUGCUUAGAGAUAAUCUAAUAAUAACUCGCGCGGCACUGCGGAAGUGCAAAUAUGAGAGAGAACAGUGGAUAAAUGAUUAUCCUGGACAACUUGGUAUUACGGCUAGCAAGAUUCAAUGGACAUCAGACUGCACCCGCACUCUAUGCCGUUGUGAUAUAAUGAAAGAAAAGAAACCGUUAAAGAAACUGCGCAAGAAACAGAACUUGAUCCUUGCCACGCUACAAACGAUGUCUCGGAAGGAGAUCCCGAAAAUUCUACGGGCAAAAGUCAACGCUUUGUGUGUCAUUGAGAUACAUUCUCGGGAUACCGUUGAUAGGAUGUAUAAGAUGGGUUGCAUGCACGUAACGGCAUUCGAAUGGUUCUCCCAGCUUAAAUUUUACUGGGACCGUGAACGGGAGGACUGCUUCAUUAGACAGACUAAUACGAACUCUAUUUAUACUUACGAGUAUAUUGGAAAUUCUGGUCGCCUUGUGAUUACUCCGCUGACUGACAGGUGCUACAUUACCCUUACAACAGCUCUUAAUCUAUUUCGCGGCGGGAGCCCCCAGGGCCCAGCCGGCACAGGCAAAACUGAGACGACCAAGGAUUUAGGCCGAGCACUAGCUCGAUGGGUCGUCGUCACCAAUUGCUCAGAUGGCCUGGAUUAUAAGUCCAUGGCUAAGUGUUACUCAGGCAUCGCGCAAAGCGGCUGUUGGGGCUGCUUUGAUGAAUUCAAUCGCAUCAACAUUGAGGUGCUGUCGGUGGUGGCUCAGCAGAUCCUGAGCGUGCUGCAGGCGCUUUCGCUCUAUCAGAAGCGGUUUGUGUUCGAAGGCGCGGAAAUCAAGAUAGACAGUAACUGUGGCAUCUUCAUUACCAUGAACCCUGGCUACGCCGGUCGAACGGAAUUGCCGGACAAUCUGAAAUCUAUGUUCCGACCGAUCGCGAUGUGCGUGCCAGAUUCGCUCAUCAUUGCCGAGAACACCCUGUUCUCAGACGGGUUCAAGGAUUAUAAGGUUAAUGCUAAGAAGGUCUUCACGUUAUAUCAGCUGGCAAUGCAACAGCUGUCGAAGCAAGAUCACUACGACUUCGGUUUACGGUCUAUGGUGGCGCUACUACGGUACGCGGGCGUCAAGCGACGCGCUUACCCGCAUUUGCCUGAACAGGAGAUGGUAAUCCUCGCUAUGUGUGACAUGAACGUAGCCCGCCUCACAGCCAAAGACGUACCUCUCUUCCAAGGCAUUGUCUCGGAUAUCUUCCCUGAAGUGGAGAUCCCUACACUCGACUACGAAAUGCUGGAAACCGCCAUCACAGCUGAGAUGAAGAUUAGUAAUCUACAGCCUACUAAAGCUGCGUUGUUGAAAGUCAUACAGACUUUUGAGACCAAGAAUUCGCGGCACUCAAGUAUCCUUCUCGGCGAUACGAAUACAGCUAAAACAGUAUCCUGGAAGAUGCUAGCGAACACGAUAACGCGUCUUAAGAACGAGCGAGUACCCGGUUUCGAGGCGGUACAAGUAUUCCCGAUGAACCCUAAGUCUUUGACCUUGGGGGAACUGUAUGGGGAGUAUAAUCUUGCUACUGGAGAGUGGAAGGACGGUGUGCUGUCUAGUAUUAUGAGGAAUACUUGUCAAGAUGAAUCACCUGACCUAAAGUGGAUCAUCUUUGAUGGCCCAGUGGACGCCAUUUGGAUCGAAAACCUCAACUCCGUCAUGGAUGACAAUAAGUUGCUUACUCUAGUCAACAGCGAAAGAAUAUCUAUGCCUGCGCAAGUGUCUCUGCUAAUAGAAACGCUAGACCUGGCAGUGGCGUCUCCGGCAACGGUGUCCCGCAACGGGAUGGUGUACAACGACUACAAGGACUGGGGUUGGUGGCCUUACGUCAACUCCUGGUUGGACGCUAUGUCCGCGCAGGACGUUGAAUAUGCUGAACUGCUGCGCAACCACUUCCUGCGCAUCCUGACGCCGGUGCUGGAGCUGAAGCGCCUGCAGCUGCUGGAGGGCGCCAGCGUCAAGGGGCAGGAGCUGACGGGCGUGCGCUCGCUGUGCCGCCUGCUGGCGCUGCAGCCGCCGCCCGCGCCGCCGGGGCCCGAGGAGGAGGACAACGACAACUUCUCCAAGAUGCGCUUCCUCUUCGCGAUGAUUUGGUCCGUUUGCUCGACCCUGGAGGAGGAGUCGCGGAGGCGUAUCGACAAUUGGAUCCGUGAGCACGAGGGCAUCUUCCCUUUGAAGGAUACGGUCUAUGAUUACUACGUGGACGAGAGAUUGCGCGUCUUUAAACCCUGGGAGGACAGACUACCAGACAACUGGAGAUUUAACGCUAGCGCUGGAUUCCACACCAUUCUAGUGCCAACAGUGGAGUUCAUUCGCGUACAAACCAUCGCCGUGGAUUUGCUCAAAUCUGGUUACGGUAUCAUCGUAGGAGGACCCACGGGCACUGGGAAGACCUUUCUCAUACAGGGGACUUUAGCCAUGUUGGACUCUACCAAGUAUAGCACGCAAGUGUUGAAUAUGUCUGCGCGUACGACGGCCGCGAACGUGCAAGACAUAAUUGAGGCUCGCCUGGAGAAGAGGACUAAAGGGAAUUACGUUCCAGCUGGAGGCAAGAAGAUGAUAGCGUUCAUGGAUGACAUCAAUAUGCCUGUGCGCGACGAGUACGGUUCGCAGCCGCCGCUCGAGUUGGUGAGGCUGUGGCACGACUACGGCUAUUGGUACGACCGCAACAAACAAUGGCGUACGAAUAUCAAGGACAUGGUGCUGGUGGGCGCGGCCGGUCCCCCUGGUGGAGCGCGGUCCCACCUGCCCCCGCGGCUUCUGUCGUGCUUCCACCCCUUCUUCAUGACGGCGCCCACCGAGCAGCAGCUCAUGAAGAUCUUCGGCACCAUGAUCGGCCAACACUUGCAGGAUUUCGACGAGGAGACCAAGGGAGUCGGCAAAAUAGUGUUAGUGGCCACUAUUGAUAUCUUCAACAACGUGGUAGCGAGGCUGCUACCCACGCCGAGCAAGAUGCACUACCUAUUCAACUUGAGAGACAUCUCUAAGAUAUUCCAGGGCCUAUUGCGAAGCAAUAAAGAUUACCAGAACACGAAGCCGCGCUUCCUACGACUGUGGGUGUGCGAGUGCUUCAGGGUGUUUUCCGAUCGCCUCACUGACGAAAAAGAUCGCGAUUGGUUCAUGACCCACAUGGGCGACAUGCUGGGCAAGCACUUCGAGCUGACGUUCCACGCGCUGUGUCCCACAAAGCAGUCACCGAUCUUCGGCCACUUUCUCAACCCGUUCGAGGUUUACGACGAUUUGAACGAUCCCGCAGCGCUUCGCAAGUACAUAACGAACCAAAUGGAAGAAUACAACAGCUGUCCGGGCGUCGUGAAGAUGGACUUAGUGCUUUUCAAGGACGCCAUAGAGCACAUAGUGCGAAUUGUGAGGGUUGUCUCGCAGCCCAGAGGGAAUAUGCUGUGCGUUGGCAUUGGUGGUUCCGGUCGGCAGAGCUUGUCCCGCGUAGCGUCAUACAUCUGCGAGUGCAACUCCUUCCAGGUGGUAGUCACUAAGACUUACGGCAUUAAAGAGUUCAGGGAAGAUCUCAAAUUGCUAUACAACACAUGCGGCGUCGACGCAAAGUUCACGACGUUUAUAUUCGUCGACACUCAGAUUGUCGAAGAUGCAUUCACAGAAAUAAUCAACAACCUGCUCAGUAGUGGAGAGGUCACUAAUCUCUAUAAACCCGAUGAGUUCGAGGACAUCAAAUCGGCGCUAGAGAAAGCAAUGAAAGCACAGAACAUAAUGCAAACGGCUGAGAACGUCUAUCUAUUCUUGGUGGAACGCGUCAGGGGACACCUUCAUAUUGUGCUGUGCUUCAGCCCUAUCGGAGAGGAUUUCAGAAAUCGCAUCCGCCAGUAUCCAGCGUUGAUAAAUGCAACAACAACAAACUGGUUCCUUGAGUGGCCGCGAGAGGCGCUGCUAGAGGUCGCCUACAAAUUCCUUGAAGGAGUAGAGUUGCUGGCUUCUAUUACUGGACCGAGGUACAAUGUAUUAUACGAAGAGACCCAGCAGAAGCUUAAGAUGGAAAUGAUGCUCAAAGGGGUGAGAAGAAAAGAAUCGAUCAUAGAAUCCCGUGAAGACAUACUUCGAGCUUCAGUGGCAUCUAUAAUGUCCCUCAUACACUCAUCCGUGGGCCGAGCUUGCGUUAAAAUGUGGCAGGAGAUGCGAAGAACUAAUUACGUCACUCCAACUAAUUAUUUGGAACUUGUGUCCGGGUACAAAGAAAUGCUGAAGACCAAGAGGUUCGACAUUGCCUUGCAAGCGAACAAGCUGAGAAACGGUCUGAGCAAAGUAGAAGAAACUACUGCUCUCGUCGCUUGUAUGUCCGAGGAAUUGGCAGCUUCUCAGGUUCAAGUAGCAGAAUACACCGAACAAUGUAUCGAAUACAUGGGCAUAAUCAGCGUGCAGCAACGCAACGCCGAUGAGCAACAGCGCAGCGUCGCCGCUCGAAGCAAGAAAACUCAAGAGGAAGAGGGCCAGUGCAAGAAACUCGCCGACGCCGCCAUGAGGGACUUGGCGGCUGCCAUGCCAGCUUUGGAUGAAGCAACAAAGGCUUUGGAUGCUUUGAACAAAAAGGACAUAACAGAAGUGAAAUCUUACGCCAAACCACCGCAGAAGGUCGAGAUGGUGCUGGAGGCAGUUUUGAUCCUCUUACAAAAAGAACCAACAUGGGUGGAAGCAAAACGCCAGCUUGGAGACCAGUACUUCCUAGAUCGACUGCGUGAUUUCGACAAAGACAAUAUUCCAGACAAAGUAUUAAAGAAGAUUGGUACAUACACAGCGAAACCCGAUUUUGAUCCGGAAAUCGUGGGAGUAGUGUCGCUGGCAGCUAAGUCACUUUGCUUGUGGGUGCGGGCCAUUGAGAAAUAUGGAAAAAUUUUCAAGAUCGUAAAACCGAAAAAGGAACGGCUAGAAGAAGCGUUAGAAUCUCUGCGAAUGAAGCAGCAGAUCCUUGCCGAAGCGCGAGCCAAACUCAAGGAGUUGAGCGAUUUGUUAGCGCGUUUGCAGAAAGAGUAUGAAGAAAAGGUCGCUCAGAAAGAGGAGUUGGAGAGGAAGGCCAGGCUCUUGCAACUGAAGCUCGAGAGAGCCGAGGCUUUGAUUACCGGGUUGUCAGGUGAGAAAGAGCGCUGGGAGGCGACGGUGGAAAGACUGGACAAGGAGUUCGACAACCUGCCUGGCGACAGUCUGAUCGCGACCGGCUUCAUCGCGUACCUCGGCCCGUUCGUUUCAGAGUACCGCGAGGAACUUAUGCAGGAAUGGUUCAUGGAGGUAUAUAACGAACAAGUGCCAGUAACAAUGGACUUAAGUAUGAAGUAUUUCUUAUUGGAUGACGCUACCCUACGAGACUGGAACUAUAUGGGAUUGCCAGACGAUAAUUUCAGCGCUGAAAAUGGUAUAAUAGUAGUUCGUGCAACAAGAUGGCCGCUAGCUGUGGAUCCCCAAGGUCAGGCCCUUAUUUGGAUAUCCAGGCUUGAGGAACAGAACGAGAUAGAGAUUGUCGACUUUGGCCAACCAAACUACCUGAAAUUAAUGGAAACCAGUCUGUCAGAAGGCAAGCCGAUUUUAGUCCAAGGUGUCGGAGAGGUGCUCGACCCUUCCAUUGCACCGAUCCUUGAUAAAGCUAUCGUCACAAUUGGUGACUCAAAAGUAAUCAAAUUUAACGAGAAAAUGGUAUCGUUCAACUCGGCUUUCAGGUUAUAUUUAACUACUAAAUUGGGUAAUCCCGUAUACACCCCCGAAAUCUUAACAAAGACAACCAUGGUUAACUUCGCGGUGAAGGAGCAAGGUUUAACUUCACAAUUGCUUGGCAUAGUGGUGCGCAAGGAGAAACCACAGCUGGAACAGAUGAAGACCGAUCUGGUGCUAACAAUUGCGAGGAAUAAGAAAACACUGGUGGACUUGGAAAACGACCUGCUCCGCAUUAUGUACGAGUCUCAAGUACCACUGCUUGAGAACGAAGAGCUGUUCGUGACACUGCAAACCUCGCAAAAGACCUCGGCCGAAGUCAAGGAAGCUCUAAUCACUUCUCAGGACACUGAGAAAGAGAUCGAUUCUGCUCGUCAGGGUUAUGUUCCAGUAGCAGUCCGCGCUUCAGUGUUGUUCUUCGCGUUGAACGACUUAUCACGUAUCGACCCUAUGUAUCAGUUUUCGCUGGACGCGUACAUCGACCUGUUCACGUACUCCAUAGACCGCAGCGCUAAGAGCUUCGAGCUUGAAGAACGCAUCAGUAAUUUGAAUGAAUUCCACACUUAUUCUGUUUACAAGAACACCUGCCGAGCGCUCUUCGAACGGCACAAACUCCUUCUCUCUUUCCACAUUGUGUCACGUAUCCUGUUUCAAGCUAACAAAUUGAACAUUAACGAGUACCUGUUCCUGUUGAAAGGUGGCGUUGUACUUGACAGGUCUGAACAACCUGACAAUCCUACUAUGAACACUGACCAAAAAUGUUUUAUAUUCCGUCAGGAUGCGGUGAUAAUUUGUCAGACGUUGUUCCAAUUGUCGUCGACGGGCGGCGGCGGCGGAGGCGGCGGUGUUAGCAGCGACCAGAAGGUGGACGAACUGGCGUUAGAAAUGAUGAUAAAGUUGCCGCCUAAGAUCGACGUGGAAACGACUGAGCGUCUGAUGGGCAUGGAAAUCACCAUGCCGAUGUGCGUUUCGCUGCUUCAAGAGAUUGGUUACUUCAAUGUGCUUAUUUCUGGUAUUGUUGGUGGACUUAAGGAGCUCCGACGCGCCAUAGAAGGCUUGGUAGUGAUGUCGGAAAUGCUCGAAAUCAUGUACGCCUGCAUCUUCGAAGGCAGGGUGCCGACGUUCUGGCAGAAGGGGCGGCCGUCGAUGAAGCCGCUGGGCGCGUGGUGCCGCGAGCUGCAGCUGCGCGGCGCGCACCUGGGCGCGUGGGCGCUGGCGCCGCGCUCGCCGCCCACGCUGUGCUGGCUGCCGGCGCUCGUCGUGCCCACCGGCUUCCUCACCGCCGUCAUGCAGACGACGGCACGCGGCGAGAGCUGGCCCAUCGACACUUUGUGCUGGGAGUUCACGGUGUUGAACUUGGAGGAAUCUGCCUUCGUACGUCCACCGCGCGACGGCGGAGUCUACAUCAGGGGACAGUUUUUGGAGGGUGCCAGUUGGUUCAAAAAGGACAGCUGCCUAGCGGAGCCACUGCCCAUGCAGCUAGUGUACCCAAUGACUCCUAUACACUUCAAGCCCAUUCGCGCUACUGGGCGACGAAUGAAGAACCGGUAUAUUUGUCCUUGCUACUACUACCCCCUCCGCAAAGGUGCGUUCGUCGUCGCCACAGACUUGCCGUCUGGGAAGGAGUCGCCCGACUUCUGGGUGAAACGGGGCACAGCAAUGCUCUGUACACUCGCCUCUUAAGUUGAAUAUUGUUUUCAUGUUUCGUCCUUAAUAUACGGAUCUUCUAAGCUAUUUUGUGUUUAGAUUGUAACCUAGUCUUAGAGAAACGCAGAAGACUCGGUCCACAAGAUUUAUUCUUAGAGAUAAUAAAAGAGGAAAG